AAGCCGCCCGGCAAGCCCGUCAUAAACGCCUACUCUCAGCAGAGUCGCUUCCACUCGGCCACGAUCACUACGCUCAGCAAAGAGGUCGACCUCCGCAAUGUCAACGUCACAAUCGACGAUGCCGACCUUUUAGUCGAUGCCAGGCUCUGGCUUAAGGCGGGCACACACUACGGCAUGGUAGGGCGCAAUGGCACGGGAAAGAGCACACUGCUUGGCGUCAUCGGUGAUGGGUCUCUGGUCGGCUUUCCUGAGACCAUCCGGACGCUGUAUGUGGCUCAGCUCGACGUGUUCGACACGGACAUCAGUGUCGUCGACGCUGUGCUGCUCGCCGAUAUGGGGCGGCAGAAGCGCGCUGACGACGUGAGAAGGCUAGAGAGUGCCGGUGAGGACGAGGCGGCUCUAAGGUCCGCCGUGGAUUGCUACAUUGCACGGGUAACGCACGAGCGCGUCGAUGACGCCCAGAAGAAGGCGACGUUGCGGUCGGGAAAACGUGGCAAGAUCGCCCGCGGUGUCGCUCUCAAAGCCGAACAGACAAUGCUCGCUACCGUCCGCGACGAGGUGUUUGGUGCCCCGGCCGCACCUGUCACCGAUGUCGCCGCCAAGGUGAUCGCGUCGUUGUACGCUGAGCUGGACGAGAUGGAUGCCCACAGCGCGGAGGCUCGAGCCCGUGCCAUUCUCUCGGGACUGGACGUCGAUGAGGAGAUGCAGGACGGGCCAGUCUCCGCUCUUUCCGGUGGUUGGCGUAUGCGAGUGGCCAUCGCUAAAGCCAUGUUUGUCGAGCCUGACAUCCUUCUUCUUGACGAAUGUACAAAUCACCUGGACCUCGCUGCCAUUGCAUGGCUACAGGAGUAUCUUACGACACUAGAGGACAUCACCAUUGUGUGCGUGUCGCACGACCGUGACUUCUUAAACGGCGUUUCGCAGGAGAUUAUUCGGUUGAAGGACAAGAAGCUGAGUUAUCAUCCUGGUAAUUACGACAUGUACGAACAGGCGGAGGAUGAGCUGCGCAAGAAGCGAGAGCGGCAGCACGCAGCCCUUGAGCGCCGGCGAGAGCACAUGCAAAAGAGCAUCGAGCGCUUCAAGAAACACGCGAACAAGAGCGGCGACGACAAGGUCCUUGGCCAGAUAGCGAGCCGGCAGAAAAAGCUCGAGCGGAUGACCGGCAUGGAAAAGACUGAGGACGGGAAGCGCUUCAAAAUCUCUUACUGGGGUGGAUACCACGACACUAUGCGCCCCGAAAUUGAGCUCAUCAAGGCCGAGAAGGACGUUGACCUGACCAUUCCCAACCCAGAGAAGAUUCGAGGGACAGCACCUCUGGUCGCCCUCCACUCCGUCUCCUUCUCGUACCCGGGCAAGAAGAGACGCGUCCUUAAGAGCAUCUCGCUGAGCAUCAUGCGAGGCGACCAUAUAGCCCUCGUUGGCCUGAACGGGUGCGGCAAGUCGACGCUUGUGCAACUCCUGUGCGGCGUGCUGCAGCCGACGCAUGGGCGCGCCGAGAUCUCUCCACGCCUCCGUGUAGGUCUCUACACCCAACACUUUGUCGACGAGCUCAGCAGCGUAGCCGAGUCCGGCCUUCAGCUGCUGCACACACGUGCACACAAAGCGUUCAACGCAGACACCGGCGCCGAGCCGCCGAAGGAGGGAGGCCUCCGCCGCUGGCUUGGGUCUUUUGAGAUUUCUGCUGGACUUGCUCUCCGCCCUGCCAACACGCUCAGUGGGGGGCAGCGUGCGCGCCUCGCAAUGGCGCUUAUGCUCUAUGACCGGCCGCACAUGCUUCUGCUGGACGAAAUCACCAACCAUCUCGACAUGUACGCGGUGCAAGGUCUCAUCGCCGCGCUCAACGAGUACGAGGGCACGGUAGUAAUUGUUACGCACGACCGUCACUUCGUGCGUGAGUGCGCUGACGACGUUUAUGCUCUGGAGGACGGG